AUGCUGAACCGACUUAUCCAGCUCCUACUCGUCGGUGUUGCUCUAUCCCCCCCACCCUACCAGCUACAAGGUACAUAUUUCGUGAACAAGGUUGACCCUCCUCUGUCUUUGAGGUAUACAUUCACAGACCGUGCUACACAAGUGACGAUUUCUUUCUACUGUGAGGAAGUUGUCGGACCAGCUAAGCACACCUUUCCGGUUCACAAGUUGGGUGAUGGCCUCUACAUUGUGAGCCAGCAGCCAAUUUAUGGGUUCCCCGCCUUCAAAAAACUCUUUGAGCGCAAGUGCCCACGGUACAAUCCUCUGCGCGCCUCUGACCUGUGGCUUAUAGAGUACGAUAGGAAGUUCGACCACCCGUUUAUUGAUAUCAAUGGUCGCCAGGUGUUGCUGGCACACCGACAAUCUGCCCAUUAG